GAACAUUCUGUGGUAAUAUCGUUCAUAGCACAGCCAACAAUCGGCGAGAGCUGAACGCAAAGCACAAAGCGCAAAGUAAUUAAAGUAAAAUCGGAAAAAAGUACCGCGUUGCCGGGAGUCCCCUACACAGUGGAAACGUCAUUAGACUCAAAUUUUGGCAGCAGCAAGCAAAACAAACAAAUUGGAUACACACACACAGACUAACACACCAAUACACUGAUUAGAUGAAGCAACAAAAAGUAACAUCUGUAAAUGCAACAACAACAAAUACAAAGCAUACGUAGAAGUGACUAAAACGGAAUACGAAUUUGGCGAUCGGUGAUUUUUGUGUGCGAUUAGCAUUGGAAAGAAACAGUAAUUCACACAGAAAAAGAGAGAGAGAGAGAGACACACACACACACACACACACACACACACAAUGGGCGUGAGAGUGGUUGAGACGGAUUCGGCAAGCGAUUCGUAUGAUGAUGAGGAAUGUACGACGUGCAACGCAAAGCACAAAAACAAAACCAACAGUCCCAAGCGAACCACAACGGAAGCUACCAAUACAACGUAUGCCAGCCGGGAUCUUGUUGGCAACUGCAAGGAAUAUCGCAUUGAGAAUAAUUGCCGCGAUUUGCGCAUCAUUGGCAAUGGUAAUCGUGUGCGCAUCAUUAACAACACGGGCAAUCUGCAGAUCAUUGGCAACACAACCAGACUAAAGAUCCAACACAAUAGUGGACACAUCAAGUACACGGGCAACGAUGGACGCAUCUAUCUGGGCAGCCAGUCCCAGCAGCAGAAUGUCGACUACAUUGGCUGCAAUGGUCUCCUCAAGGUGGUCAAAUCCCUCGAUCUGCACAGCAAUAAAUCCAGCAAGCGAACACCGAAGCAGAAAUCCCAGAAAGAUAAUACACCUCCUCAAAGUAUGGGUGUGGAAAUUGAUAACAAUCUGACAAUUGUAAACGGAGUGGCUGGAAAUAUUGUAAUCAAAAAUGCGAUUAAUGUGAGCAUAUAAGCUCUAAUUAAUUCUACCCCUCAAGUCCAAAGUCUAAGCUUGGUAACUUGCCUGUUAGUUUAACAAAACAAAAUGCAGACAUACUUACAUUUAUAUAUAUGUAUGAGUAGGUCAGUACGAAUGGUUCCUAUUGUUAUAUAGUCAUUAGCAUUAGCAAAACUUUCUGACUGCUUUAAUUUGACCAGGCACUGAAAAGUAUUAUCUGCCACUUAAUAAGUGAGCAAAUGUUCACAAAUAUCAUCAUAUAAGUAGUUAUAUAUUAAAUAUCUGUAUUUAUAGUACUUAGUUACAAAAUCCACAAUGUAUGUAUGUGGUAUUUAAAAAAAAAAGCAAAUCAUUCCAUGAAUGAGCUCUGCAAUUCAUUAUUAAACUUAAAUGCUUUUAAACA